AUGGGCUCGACUUCCCGCCCGAGCAUGACGCCACCAACUCCCUUACAGUUGCCGAUGCAGGCGCAGGCCACCGAUGUGACGGCCUUGGGGCUAGGCCAGCUGAGACAGACGGGACAGGUGCAGACUCCCCAGCGACUAGAUCAACCUACUGAGCCCCUGUUCACUCAGCCGGCUGAAGAGGCGAUAGCUCUGGCUAGAGCAAUCACGGGGAUGAGGGCAUCAACAUCGUCGCCAGUUCUGAAUACCUCUCCGGCUGCCGCAUCUUCAUCCGUUACAGCUCCUUCUAGGAUGAGAGGAGGAGCAGGGGAAGGACCCGGUGCUUCUCAGGUGCAUACCAAGCGGAAGAGAGCGAAUGGGAAGCUGAAGACCGCCUCGUCUAAGGAGCCAGGCCAAGAACACAAUCCUCCGUCGGCUGCCGUGUCUUCUUUCGUGGCGGUCCCUCCUGAGCCAGAACCAGGGCAGGCGGAAGGGUUGGGUGCUUCCCAAGGGCCGGCCAAAAAGAAAAGAGCUAGUGGAAAACGGAAGACCACAUCGUCUAAGCAGCAGAGCCUAGAACAGAACAUCUCAGCGGCUGCCGCGUCUUCGUCCAUGCCAGCUCCGUCUUCCGUACCUCCCGCGUCUGCGGGGGAAGCCGGGGAAGGAGAAGGAUUGGCUGCUGCUCAGGGGCAGACAAAGAAGAAGAAAGCGGGCGGCAGGCGGAAGGCUCCCGCGCCUAAGAAGCAAGGCGGCCAAGAACAGCAAGGCGGACGGGGGGCGGCUGGCUAA